GUUUCUUUGUUUCUUACUGAAACUGAGACUGUAAACUUGUGAGAAAAAAUGGAGAUGAAGGAGAAGGAAUCUGCACAAGUACAUCGGGAAAAUGCUUCCCCCCCGGCCUCUCCGUUCGUGUUUGCUAACCCCAAACCCCCAGGAGACCCUCAGAACCCGUCUGCGUCCGAAGAUAUCCACCGCCGCAUAAACCUCACCAGGAGUCCUUUCCGGGUUGCGAAUCUGCAGGUCCCAAAUGACGUUAGGCCCGAAAACGCCCUGAGGAACAAUCCGUUUGGUUUCGACGGUCCCAACAUCGAGGCGUUCGUUCCUCCGGCUCCUCCUCCCACCAAGAGGGUGACGAACGAGUUCUACGAGUAUCUACCGUUGGGCCGAGCGAUAAGCAGAGGCGAUCUCCGAGCCGUGAAGGACUUUCUGAACCUCAGGCCGGAUGCCAUUACCGCGUGGAUAGACUUCUACGAGACUCCAUUGCUCAAAGCUUGUAGCUGUGGAAGGCCGGAGAUCGUGAAGGAGCUUUUACGGAGAAUGACGCCCGAGCAAAUGAUCAGCCCGAGGGAAAACGAGAAUUUUCCUUACCAUACUCCUUUAACCGUAGCUUCUGUCAAUGGAAACAUGGAGAUUGCCGAGGCCCUUGUUGCGAAGAACCCGAAGCUUCUAGAGGUUCCGGGACAUGGCAGCCAGAUACCUGUUGUGAAAGCAGUCAUGGCCGCUCAGAAGGAAAUGGCUCGCUUUCUUUAUCCCCUGACCCCUCUUCCCGUUCUGCUCGCUUACGACGGAUUCCAAGGGAGCUUACUCCUCAGGAAUUCCAUAGUCUAUGGAAUGCUCGAUAUUGCGUUGGACGUCUUCGAAGCCUGCCCUCGCAUGGGGGUUGCUAAACAUCCUCUUAUACCGUUCCCUCCCAUCUCUAGUUUGGCCCUACGGUCCGAUUUGUUUCUAAGUGGCUGCGAUCUUGGAUUCUGGCAACGCCUGAUCUACUCUUGUGUAGAAGUGAAGCCUCAGAUUGAUUCAGAGACUUCAAGCUCAAGCCGAAACCAAUAUCAAAGUAUUCUCUGGAAGAUUCUUCAAUGUCUCCCGAAAUGGUUUGGAAUAGAUCGUAUAUGUGAACUGAAAGAGAUGCAUUUGAAAGCAGUUCAGCUCGUACGAGGAAUGUCCGAAGAAAUCUCGGCCAUGGGGAAGAUAGAACGCUCGCAGAACGGAUUUGAAGAAGCCUUCUUCUUCGCCGUGAGAAGCGGAAACAAGGAACUCCUGGUUGAGAUGAUAAAACGCAACUCCGAGUUCCUGUGGGUGUCCGAAAACAGUUCUCACAGUAACAUCUUCCUGUUGGCCGUGGAGUUCCGACAGGAAAAGAUCUUCAACCUGUUGUAUGGUUUGGAUGAGAGAAGAGACAUGUUGCUGACGGGAACAGACAAUGUCAGUAACGGAAUUCUUCAUAUCGCCGGUCGUAUCUCUCCGCCGGAUGUUCUCGCUCAGGUCCCUGGUGCGGCUCUCCAGAUGCAAAGAGAGCUUCAAUGGUUCAAGGAAGUAGAGAGGCUAGCACCGGAAAUAGAUAAAGUGAUGCAGAACGCGGAAGGUCUCAGGCCGCGAGACAUAUUCGACGCAGCUCACGGGCCGCUGAGAAAAGAAGCCGAGGAAUGGAUGAAAGGCACCGCCACAUCGUGCAGCCUCGUGGCCGCGCUCAUCGCCACAGUCACAUUCCAAGCCAUAUUCACCGUCCCGGGAGGCACGGAUCAAGCCUCCGGAAACCCUCUUCAUCUCAGAGAAGCUCGGUUCAUGGUGUUCGUCAUCUCGGAUAUCAUCUCGUUCUUCGCAUCUUGCACUUCCGUACUCAUAUUCCUCGGCAUGCUCACGGCAAGAUACUCUUUGGACGAUUUCCUCGUCUCUCUUCCCUCCAAGAUGAUCGCGGGUCUAUCGACUCAGUUCAUAUCGGUCGCCGCCAUGCUCGUGGCGUUCUCGACCGCGCUUUUCACGAUGCUGGAAGAGAUGCCGAAGCUCGCGAUCCCGGUUUUACCCCUCACUUGCCUCCCCACCGCCCUCUUCGUCAUGUUUCAGUACCCUCUUCUUAAGGAGUUUAUAGCUUCCACUUAUGGCAGAGGAAUCUUCAAGCGGGACACCGAGCGUUGGUUAUAAUGUGGAUCAUAUGUUCUGAUGUUUUCCGAUGUUGGAUCUGAAUCCAAUUCCUUUUCCUUCUCUGUGUGUUGUCUUUGUUUGUAACAAGUUUUCGUAAACGAAUAAGAAACCGAGUCGCUUGUUCGACUCACAGGAUGCCAAGACUCGUCAUUCUCGACAUGGCCGUACGUGGUUCUGGUCCGGUGGUGAGUUAUGUGGCUGCAGGAAGUCACAUCACAUGAAGAAGAUGAGAGAUUCUGAAAUGAUUCCGAAUCUGAUUUGUCAGAGUUUUGGUUCCGACGUCUGAAUUCAAAAGUGGGGUCAUGUUUUGCUGUAACGGUCAAUAACGGUAAAUGUUCAGUUUCAUUGCCAUUUUGCUUCGAGUUUCAAGAUAAAAACGGUUGGUUUCUAACCAAAACUAUUUUUAAGGAUUAAAAAAGGUUAUUUAUUUAUUUA